GAGAGAGAGAGAGAGAGAGUGUAAGAGAGAGAGAGAGAGAGAGAGAUAUCGUGAGUGAACGAGAGGAGAGAGAGCGACGACCGUCAGGGUCCGUGUACCUGAGGGACGGACGACACGGACUGAGUGAGUGAGUGAUCGUCGGACAGACAGGCUGACAGAUUGAAUGAAGCUGCACCUGGUGCUUCUGAGGGACUGUCCCAUGUUUUGAUUGGCUGCCUUUGACUACCUUUCUAAACGUGGUUCCACUGAGCUGCCCUCAGCCAUGCCGUCCAACAGCCCCACCGCCGCUGAACCGCCGGAGACUCCAGAGAACGACGUCACUACUGACGUGAAUGAAGACGGGGCAGACCACGACAGCCCGGAGGAGGGGACACUGGCGAGCCCCCGCACCAAGCGCAGAGUGGGUCGUCCCGGCAGGAAACGCAAACAGCUGCUUCCUGAGAUGGCGACCUCUGACCCCUGUGUAAACGCCCCCCCAACCCCGCCUGAGGAGCCGGAGCCCUCCCCCUCCCCUCGCAAGAAGCGCGGGCGUCGGAAACUAGGGAAAACCAAGAAGAAUAAGGACGAGCCAGACGACAGAAACUGCGACUCCCCCGGAGAGGGUGAGGCUGGCAGGCUGCGGAGGAGGCCAGUCCCCAGGGUGACUUUCCAGGCCGGAGAUCCGUACUACGUCAGCCGGAGACAGAAAGAAGAAAUGCUCAGCCGCUGGAAGAUGGAGGCAGAGCGACGGGCGUACAGAGAGGCGGAGAUGAACAUGAUGGACGAUCUGUCAGAAGGCACCUUUCAGAAGGAGGAGGAGUCAGCCAGCCCAGCCCCUCCCCCUUCACAACAACAAACAGCCCCAGCCUCACCAACAGUUGCUGUGACGCCGGAGCCAGUUGCCAGGGGAGAACGGGCCACGCCCAGGGAGAUAGAGUACCAGGAUGGCCGGGAGUUUGGCAUCGGGGUUCUGGUGUUUGGGAAGCUGCGAGGUUUCUCCUGGUGGCCCGGCAGAAUCGUCUCCUGGUUGAUGAGCGGCCGAAGUCGAGCUGCAGACGGGACUCGCUGGGUGAUGUGGUUUGGAGACGGCAAGUUCUCUGUGGUUUGUGUGGAGAAGCUGAUGCUUCUGAGCUCUUUCUCAUCUGCAUUCCACCAGCCCACCUACAACAAACAGCCCAUGUACCGGAAAGCCAUCUUUGAGGCUCUGCAGGUGGCCAGUGUCCGGGCGGGGAGGCCAGUUCCUUCCUGUGAUGCGAGCGAUGAUGCAGACGGGGUGGAGACUCAAACCAGACAGAUGAUAGAGUGGGCCAUGACCGGCUUCCCACCCAAAGGUCCACAAUCACUGGAACCUCCGGAGGAGGAACGAAAUCCAUAUAAGGAAGUGUACCCAGAGAUGUGGGCGGAACCUGAGGCAGCGUACACGCCUCCACCCGCCAAGAAACCGCGCAAGAACUCAGCUGAAAAAGCAAAGAUCCGAGAGGUGAUCGACGAAGGGACCAGAGAGAGACUCAUAUGUGAGGUCAAAAAGAAGACCAGGAACAUAGACGAUAUCUGCAUCUCCUGUGGAAGCCUCAACGUCUCCAUAGAGCAUCCUCUCUUCGGAGGAGCAAUGUGUCAGGGCUGCAAAAACUCGUUCCUGGAGUGCGCCUAUCAGUACGACGAUGACGGCUACCAGUCCUACUGCACCAUCUGCUGUGGAGGCAGAGAGGUGCUAAUGUGUGGCAACAACAACUGCUGUAGAUGUUUCUGUGUGGAGUGCGUGGAUCUGUUGGUCGGUGCCGGCGCGGCAGCGAUAGCCAUCAAAGAAGACCCCUGGAACUGCUACAUGUGUGGCUCACGGAGCGCCUGCGGCUUACUGCGGCGACGGGACGACUGGCCCUGCAGACUACAACACUUCUUCGCCAACAACCAUGAGCAGGACUUUGAGCCAGCCAAGUUGUAUCCUCCAGUUUCAGCAGAGAAGAGGAAACCAAUCAGAGUUCUCUCCCUGUUUGAUGGCAUUGCCACAGGUCUGUUGGUGCUGAAGGAUUUGGGCAUGCACGUUGACAAGUACGUGGCGUCUGAGGUGUGUGAGGACUCCAUCACUGUCGGCAUGGUCCGACACCAGGGUCGCAUCAUGUACGUGGGCGACGUACGCAACGUAACACGCAAACAUAUCGAGGAGUGGGGACCGUUUGACCUGGUGAUAGGAGGAAGCCCCUGCAACGACCUCUCCAUAGUCAACCCUGCAAGGAAAGGCCUUUUCGAGGGAACAGGCCGCUUGUUUUUCGAGUUUUACCGCCUGCUGCACGAGGCUCGACCAAAAACGGGCGACGAGCGUCCGUUCUACUGGCUGUUUGAGAACGUGGUGGCUAUGGGAGUCAGCGACAAACGGGACAUCUCCCGAUUUCUAGAGUGUAACCCAGUGAUGAUCGACGCCAAAGAGGUCUCUGCUGCACACCGCGCUCGCUAUUUCUGGGGAAACAUGCCAGGCAUGUCCAGACCUCUGGCAGCAAUGACGAAUGACAGGCUGGACCUACAAGAGUGCCUCGAGCACGGGCGCACAGCCAAGUUUGAGAAGUUACGUACGAUAACGACACGCUCCAACUCUGUGAAGCAGGGGAAAGACGAGCAUUUCCCCGUCUUCAUGGACAGCAAGGAGGACAUCCUCUGGUGCACCGAGAUGGAAAGGGUGUUUGGUUUCCCCGUCCACUACACCGACGUGUCCAACAUGAGUCGUCUCGCCAGGCAAAGGCUUCUGGGUCGUUCCUGGAGCGUCCCCGUCAUCAAGCACCUCUUCGCCCCGCUCAAGGAGUACUUUGCCUGCAACUAGUCAUGCACCAACUCUCUCUCUCUUACACACACACACACACACAUACACAGAUAUACAGUAUGUAAUGACAGACACACAGUAUAGAGCUAGUACAUGAAGGUUGACACAGGAUGACCAGACACACACCCACACCCACACACACACACACACACACACACACACUUUGUAAAGGACUGCUUCCCUAGAUACCAUGUAGAUCACUGGCUGACCUUAGUCCCCAGGUGCUAUCUUGCUGAUCUCCACACACACAUGCACACACACACUUCCUGUCCAACCUUGAAACUGAUGUCUUCUGGCUUUACUGUGUCAUAGCAGCUGGAGCCUCCAUUGGGCCCAAAGCUUACAAAGAAGCCCUAACUUUCUGUUUCCAAUAUCCCAGAGUGAGUACAUCAACACACUUCUGACCCCAAACACUUUACUGUACUCAUGUGUAGUGAUAGUGCUGCUGGUGUAAUACAGUGCAAUGAACACAUACAAACAUAAACACCGGUUUUACGCUCGUGGUGCUGGUCAGGCGGUGAUAGAGUCCAAAAGGUGCCACUUUAAUACAACACUUUGAAGGUUGUUGGUGCUCUUGAAGACCAGACGGUCUCUGGUUGUUUCGGUCUCACAGUUUUGUGUCCCUAAUUCAGCUUACAAGCAGGUGGAGGCAACACUAAGCAAGAGACGUGAAUUAUUAAGGUCUAUAUAUAUUUGUCAGAUUUUGUGAGAGGGUCCAAAAAAAAACAACUAAAUAUGAUCAAAUAGAUUCAUAUGAAGUACAUCAGACUGUAAUUUGUUUUCUUGGUGGAAAAGCUGCUCUGGAGUGACAAAUAAGUAACAAAUAUAAAACAGAGGUUUGUGUGGCAAAAUAAUACCAAAAAUAGGUCUUCAUCUUCUCCUGAGGGAGACCACUUUUGUCUUAAAUAUUGUCAGUAAGUCUUGCAACAUGAAAUACUGAAGAGUUAUUUCUUUGGGGUAUGCCACAGCAGUUUGAGGUUAUUGCUUUCCUUUGCUCAUGUUCGUUAACCUCUGUUGUUUACAGAAUCCCCAUUAGCUUCAACUAAAGAAGUUGCCAGUGUUCCUGGAGUCCAUAAAAAUACACAAGUGACCAACAUGUUCUGGUUUAAAACAAGACUCUAGACAACAUAAGAGACGAAUGAUACUGAUUGGCAUGUUCCUUCCAGAAAAGACUUUUUAAAGAUCAUAUUGUAAAGAUAGCGUGAACCUCUGUAACUACAUCCUCAGUGUUUGGAGCGCCCUCCGGUGGGCCGAGACACCAGUUUAAAGAGAGCGCACAACAACACUCAUGGUGGGGGGUAAAACAAUCAGUUAGCGCUCACUGGAUUAGAAAAAUUGUCAGAAAAUAAAAGCUUUUAUACUUAAUACCUAUUAAUACUUAAUACCUAUAAGUGCCACCAUUAAGUUAUGUUUUAGUGUUUUAUAUUUUGGUGUUUUUUGCAAUAUUUUAGGCAGUGAUUGUACAUUAUGGUUACCUAAUGCUUUGGUGAAUACGGUGUGAUAUUCUGCACACUCGUAGCAUUGUAACACACUAGCAUGUGUAAAAGUACUGUUGUAUUGCAUUGGUUACUGUCAACUGUUGCUCAAAUGAUGUCGUCCACUGUGUUCAUCGCGACGGAGGGAAAUUGUAACAAUAAUGUCCGUCACUUUAGUAAUCGUGCCGCUUGCCAGCAGUAGACUGAGUUUACUUUGGCCUCUGAGAGCAGAUGUGACAUUUAACAUCUGCACAAAGUUAGUCCCAGUGAACACAUCUGGAUCGUAGAUGUCAGAAUACUGUAACAAAGAACACUAUUGUAUGAUGCUGAUGUGUUCAGAUAACCCUUAGACGAAGCAGUUAUACUGUGAAAUGAUGACAUAAGGUAGUCUGUCUCUGUAGCCUGGUGUGUUUUCAGCCAUCACGAGAGUAGCUUGGCUGGGCAUCGUCUCUGCAGUGAGCAAAUAUUGAGACCUUUAAGAUCAUGGAUACAUUUCAUUUUUAGCUUGCUUGCUGUUUAAAGGAUUGGAGAUUGUAUCUUCAUUUUAGAUACGAUAUAUUUAUUGUUCACGACAUCGUCGAUUACACACACACAUAUAUCUUUUUAUGACGCUGAUCUUGCACCGCAUUACGUCUGCCGUCUGGAUUUUGUGUCAAAAUCUCAGUUUAGGAUCGCUAGACCGAAAUGUUUCAUUUUUAAAAAAACAUUUUGAAACCUUCCUCCUCCCUUAAAAAACACUGAAGUGCCAUUCGCUCACACUAAUUUUCCGGACGUUUUCAAACAAGCAGACUUCUUCUUCUACUGUUAAAAUGUUUCCUGCCUCGUACCGUUUUUAGCAAUUACUUACACACUUAUUGCAGAAUAAACGUGUCACUUCUGUGUCAAAGUUAAACUCUGCAAUCAAAAGCUAAUAAUGGCACUUUUGCCUCAAAACGAGACACACGUGCACCGUUUGAAUUACUCUUUAAAAGCAGCAACAACACACUGGUGUACGUUAUACCAACACUGAGCUUACUUGAGGUCUAUUUGUAGUGCUGAGGCUCACACUGGUCGGUGUUUUUUUAUGUGUGCAUUUGUUGCCAAUUUCAGGUAUGUUUUGCAUUUUGAAGAGAAGUGUUUUCCCAAUGAUUGCAAGUGUGAUUAAGAAGUGUGUUGUAGAAUUGCAAUCAAAAUUGCAAAGCAGGUUUGCUCAAAGAUGCGAUCAAUCUUCUGCUCAACAAGUUUAAAUUGAUCCGGUGAGAUUAUUUCUGCCUCCAGAGCAGCACGGCCUCUGAGAAACAUUUAACCAAAGACCUUUUUCGGGGGUUCGGUGUCUCGCUGACAGUCAGUGGAGAAUAAACCUGAACAUAUUAAUAUAUGAAUGUUAAUAUACAGCUUCCCGGAGUGUUGCUCCUCUUUUUUUGUCCGGCUCUUGCCGUUGCGCUCCUGCUUUGCUUCUUAGGGAUCCAAAAUGUCGUGCUGUUAUCAGAGCCAGACCUUUACUCUGCAGACGCUAUGCUGGUUUUCUACUUCCUACGACUGAAACAGACAGCCCUGUGUGAAUAACGGAUACUUCCUCAUAACAUGCGCCCGUUUCAGGGUUUCUUCUGCCUUUUUGCCCAAUGCAUGCUGGGAUAAACUCUGUAACUUUGAAUAGGAAUAAGCAAAUAAAGAAAAUGUCACGAUAUAGAAAUGUUUCCAAGACUCUCUCACACACACAGACAGUGUGUGUGUGUGUGUAUGUGUGUGUGUGUGUGUCUGGACGUCCCUUUAUACUGGUGUCUUAUUCACACAGGGCUGUCUUUAGAAAUCUCUUUCAGUCUGGUGCUCUUGGUCUUCAGGUGACCAUCUUUUUCCAGGAAGCCUUCCGAUCCUCUGACCUUCCUCAGAUACCAGCUAACAACUGGACACAUGCAGUCUAUGCUGACACACAUACACACACACACGCAUGCACACACAUGCACAAACAGUUACAAAAACCAACAAUAAACCAGCAGGUUCAACGUUUUUUCCAUCAUGUUUACUCUUCGUUUAUACAACUGACCUUCAGGUGCUUUUUAAACUCUUAAACUCUUUUUUACAGUGCUCUUGCAGGUAACACACACACACACACACACACACACACAAACACACAUUUGCUGGAAACACAGUGCCGACGUUCAUGCUUUCUCUGAACUCCUUUAGCUACAAAACAUCAACACACAUACAUGCAUACACACUGUGUUUUUGCCGGCCGCCUGUUGCCAUCAGGCUUCCCACGGCGCCGCCGGGUGUGACAUCAUCACCCUGCGUCGCUUGGUGCUCCCUAACCCCCCUCACCCAAAACCCCCCUUACCCCACUCCCCGACCCCCCCGGUGCUGCAUGUCAGUCAGUCAGUGUAAUCUCCGAUUCCAUGUUAGAUUAGGGAGUAAUGAUAAUAAUAAUCAUGGUAAUAAUAAUUACAAUAAUAAUCUGUUAUCGUGUGUGUGUACUGUUCCAGGUUGGUGCUCAGUUCAGUCUCAGCCUCGAGGGGAGAGAGCGAGGCUAGAGAAAGCAUAUAUUACAGUUAGUAUAGUGACUUGUUCUAUUGUACCCAAGGAUGCCGGAAGAAAUUGUUGAAGCGACGAGCUAACGGACACUCUCAAACAAGAGCGAGUUGAAACGACAUGGAAGGAAGUGUGCGUGGACGAGGCAGAUUGCAGUGAAACUAAAAUUAAGUUCAUAUUUUCUGAUUUCUUCUAAACAGCUUUGAUUUACAAGCUGGGAAGGGAAGCUUUUCAGAACCGUGUUUUGUUGUGUUUGUUUGCGCAUGUUAAAAUCAAAACCAAUGGCAGACAAAUAACAAUGAAAUAGCCAUCACAGUGGUUCAAAACCUUCAACGGGUCACCAGAUGCUUAAAGGGUUAAAGAAACAAGUUUAUCACAGAAAACUGUGUAUUGUUUUGUACUUAAAAAAUUUUAUUUUGCUUUUCUAUUCCCCGUAUUGAAUACCCUGACCUCCAAAACAAAAAAAGACGAGGAACAACUGUGUUAUGACUUAAUAAACAAAUCAAGACCAAAAAAAGAGAGAUUAAACUCCUUAAAAAUCUGUGAUUUUGGACUUUAAAGAAGAUGCCAAUCUAAAUAAAUGAGUAGACCAGCUCCAUUUGUCCUGUUGUGUAUCUGAUAUCUGAAAUGUGGGAUCACAACGAGCUGUUGCUUUAUUUUAACGGCUCUAAAGCAGAACUUCGGCUCAUUUCACGUCGUUUCAACACGUAUAUGUUUGAGAGUGCAGGCGGACAAAAAGCGAGAGGAAUGGAGUGGAUAUUUUCAAACGAUGUGUGACACGGUGAUGAUGUUUCUGUUCGCCUAUCAACAGCUUUUAGGCUGUUUUCAACACUGAUACAUUUACACAUAAAUUACACACACACACUGUUAUUAACACACAGACGCAGAGAUACAUGCAUAACACCUACAAGUACAAUGCUGUGGCGCAUGCAGACACUCAUCUCAUGGACUAAAGGAAAGAUGAGCUUUUAAGAAACGGAGGACCUGGUGGUGUUUCAAAAGGUGCUAAAAUUUUAUCUGAAAAUAAGAAAAAUAUAUUGUUAGGAGUAUAAAUCAAGUUUGUCUUUACAAUGACUGUAUUUAAGUUUGUCGUAGUAAUGAAAAGGCACUAUUAUUAUUUUACUCUUGUAUGAAUAUGAACUAAUUAAAAAGGCAUUUUAACUUUGUACUUGAACAAUGUAAGAAAUGAACCGUGAAUUAAAAAAAGUACUGUUUCUUGUGA